ACAGAUGGAUAAAAAGAAUUAAAUGUCAUCAAGUCACAACAAUCAAGUAAACAUGUCGAAACCAAUGACGUUUCUAAAUUAAAAUUAUUUAAAUUGCAAUAGUGUUUCAUCACACUUAACAUGUGGUCUAUCAAACUAAAGAGCUACAAAAUGUGACGGCAGCAUCCACAAUAUUAAAUAUCAAGACUUCCUCACAACCAUGUCAAAGUAUCAUAUUGAAUGCAAAAAGUCUCCUAUUUGCACUAAUCCAUCAAAACAAAAGGUCUCUUCUUCCGCCAAUGCAGCUUGUGCAGCUCCUAAAAAGACUCAGUUAGACCCAGACCUCCUGGGCAGAAUUUCGAAUGCACCAUGUAGUUGUCAAGUGGUAGCACGGGCAGUUCGUGAUGACGUACCACAUUACAUCGGCUUAUCUAAUCGCCGAGCGUCAAUUGAAGCGAUGGCUAGCGCCCCAUCAGAACUUAGCUGCCAUGAGUGUGACCCUAAAGAAGACAAAAACAAGCCAGCAUCCAAAAGCAAACUCUUAUCCCAGAGCAAGAUCAAGUCCCAAAGCACGAACAAGUCCGUAGAAAAAAAAUAAUCUAAAAGACCACCAAACCAAUAAAAACUGCCCUUUCCA